AUUGUUCCCAUCAAGAUAUUUCCACAAUUAAACAAGCGAUCCUGAUCUUCAUAUUAACGAUUCAACCCAGAUUCAAGCGGCUUGCGAUCUGGUUUUCGCUGCCCUUCUCAGCUCGUUAGGUUUCGCGUUUGUUCGAUUCAUCAAUCGUCAAUCUUUUUUUUACUUGAUAUUUCUAUCAGGGUAGUCGGUGGAAAAGCUUAGAAGAGAUCUUACAAAUGGACGGGAACAAAGACGAAGCUUUGAAAUGUCUGAAGAUCGGCCGUGAUGCUCUUGAUUCAGGUGAUCGUAAUCGCGCACUUAAAUUCUUAACCAAAUCCCUUCGUCUCGAUCCGUCUCUUCAGAUCGACGAUCUGUUGUCGAAGAUCAAUAAUGAAUCUGACAAUUCCACCGCGCAAACCAAAGAAUCUUCAGAACGUCAAUCCAGAAGUACUGGCCCUCGAAAGCGGGCAUCAACAGGUGGAUCUUCAUCAUCACCGGCGACUUAUACUGAAGAGCAGAUGACAAUUGUAAGAGAAUUAAAGAAGAAGAAGGAUUAUUAUGAGAUCUUAGGGUUGGAGAAGAACUGUACUGUUGAGGAUAUCCGAAAGGCAUAUCGUAAGCUUUCUCUGAAAGUUCACCCAGAUAAAAACACAGCUCCUGGUUCUGAGGAUUGUUUCAAAUCUGUAUCAAAAGCAUUCCAGUGCUUAAGUGAUGAAGAAGCUAGAAGGAAGUACGAUGUUGUUGGAUCAGAGGAACCAGUUUAUGAGAGACGAGCUGCUAGGAGGCAUCAAGGUUACUAUGAGGCUGACAUUGAUGCAGAAGAAAUAUUCAGGAAUUUCUUCUUUGGUGGAAUGAGAACUGGAAACACAACUCACUUCAGCACAUUUAACUUUGGACCUGGAAUUGGAGUAAGAACAGGCAAUAACAAUGGUUCUUCAGCUGGAACUGGCAAGAUGUUACUUCAGCUUCUCCCUGUUCUUCUGAUAAUACUCGUGAAUUUCUUGCCUAGUUAUAACCAGCCCAUUUAUCAACUAUAUAGGCAAUACCCAUAUGACUAUCGAUUCACCACUCAAAAGGGUGUGAAUUUUUUCGUGAAAUCUCGAAGCUUUGAGCAGGAGUAUUCUGUCAAUAGCGAGCUACGUGUGGCUUUGGAAGCAAAGGUGGAGAGAGACUAUGUUUAUGUUCUUUCCCAAAACUGUGAGAAUGAAAUGCAGCGUUUUCGUUGGGGAUUCAUCCGAGAAACGCCAAGUUGCGAUUCGUUGAAGCAGUUCAGGAUGGCUGCUGCCUCUUGAUUUUGACUACAAGAUGAGAUUGUUUUUUAUUAUUGUUAUUAUCUCGACAGUCUUAUUUCCUAGUUAUACGUUAUAAUGCUUCGCUUCUAUCAUGUAAACAUAACCAAUUUCAUUGCGUAAAGACUAAAUUUCUACUUGCAUA